AUGUUUGAGAACAAUGAAUCUCCCUCUCAAGGAUUAACGCAACUUUCUCAGAGUUCCAAAAAUACUGUGGAAGAAGACUUUUUAACACUUACACCUAGGACCACCAUUCAAGGUCUAAAAGAUUGUAAAGAGAUCACCACUUACAUAUUGUUUGGAACAAUUAAGCAUAUUUUGGGUGACGAUGACUGGUGGUAUACUGCUUGUGUGUGCAACAAAGCUGUUUAUCCAGAUUCCAAGAUGUUCUUUUGUGAGAAGUGUAACAAACAUGUUAUAAAAGUCUUUCCAAGAUAUAGGAUUGAGAUCCGAGUUAUUGACUCUUCCGAUUCAACCACAUUUGUCCUCUUUGAUAGGGAUGCAACCACCCUUUUCAAAAGAACUUGUGCUGAUAUGUUAGACACUCAUGAUAAGGAUGUUUAUGCUGAGAAUGGUGAGUUUAGUAGGGAAAAAAUGUGUGUAGUCAAUGAGUCCACCGUUGAUAUUGCAGAGGAUUUAUUAGUCCGAUUUACCAAAGAAACAAUUGAGUCUGGAUCCCAAUCACUUGAACUAAUCGAAGAUAAUCCAACCAAUGAUGAUGGUAACAAUUCACAUAAGAGAGAAUAUGGAAAGAAGACUGCAUCACUUGACUCCAUCGAAGAAGACAAUGUUCCAUUGAAGCUUUUAAAAAGAAAUAUUAAGAAGGAAAAAGCAGUGAAUUGA